ACAAAAGUCAAACUUGUCACUCUAUAAUUUUUUUCAUAAAAUCUAAAAGUAGAAAAAAUCUUUUUUUUAUAUUAAAUUUCUAAUUGUACACCAAAAAAAACGAGAAAUCAUUAAAAUGAGCGCUCCAUUCUAUAGUUUUGAUCCGUGCGUUUGCACGGGCUUGCCAUGCGGGGCGUGCUACCCGUACACUACGAAGCCCUGCGUGGCGUCCAUGAACGACAUGAGCGUGUGUUCUGUAUGCCCCGGCGGGGGCUGCUCGGCUUGCCCCGCGCCGGUGAGGCCAUGUCCAGAACCUUGCCCAGCCCCUCCAGUUUUACCAUGCUUACCGCCCUGCCCACCAUGUGAUAAGCCUCGUAAUCCAGUGCCGAAGCCUGAGAUAUUGUGUGACACGAUAGCCAUCCCCGUCUGCCGGCCCAACCGGUACAAGCCGUGUCCGUGCUACUGCUGCAAUGAGCCUGCCGUGUGUUCCCCAAAGCGGUGCAGCUACCCCGGCGUAGCGGUGUGCGGCAGAGGCUGCUGCGGGCCGUGCGGCCCCUGCUUGCCCGUCUGGUGACGGGACGGGAGUACAAGCCCGUGUCUGUGCUACUUCUGCACGGAACCAGCCGUGUGCUUCCCAAGUGGUGCAGCUACCACGUCGUGGUGGUGUACGUGCGGCCCGUGCUUACCCGUCUGGUAACGGGACAACAGCAAAAAAUUCGUGUGCUACUGAUGCACGGAACCUGCCAAGGGCUCCCCCCCGAGUGGUGCAAACCGAGGUGGCCGUGCGCGUGCGUGCCAUGCGGCCUAUGCUUCGACUUGGUAAUGGAGCGUCAGAAAAAAAUACAUCUUUAUCAGAAUUUUUCGAGAAUUUUGUCAUGUCUCAUGAAAAUAAAUUGUUUUUGAAGUAAAA